AUGGCGGAGCAGCAGCGAGGGUGCGGCCAUCGAUGUGCUCUUCUGGCACAGUUUUGGGGUGUGGGUCUCUGGGUGUACAUCUUCGUUGACUGCAUCGCGAUGGAGCUGGGGCGUGGCCUGCAGCCCUUCAAGCGGAUGGACCUGACUGGCCUGCAGUGGGCUGGAUACGCAGCAAUCGCCCUGUCCCUUUGGCUGGUGGAAGGCGUGCGUGCAUUUCAGAUGAGCUUCUCGCCCAUGCUUAUCCGAAGGGCACGUGAACUGAAACAGGAUUCCCCUUUUUGGGAGAAACUCCUGGCACCAUUUUUUGUGGCUGGGCUUGUCUCAGCCACACCCCGCAGGCUUGUCAAGAGCUGGCUGCUUAUUCUAAUCCUCAUCCCCGGUCUCGCACUCUCGGUGCCACACUUGCCAUACCCCUGGCGCGAGGCUGUCGAUGCAGGGGUGGUCCUGGGUUUAGGCUGGGGAACAGCUGCUGUCGCGUACUUUUGGCUGCGGGGCUGGUUCGGCCCUGGCUGGCCGACAAUCAGUGCAGACAUGCCUGCCAGCCGGACGAAGCCGAUCGGAAAUCUUCAAGAGGGCCGCGAGCCUUUGGCGGAGUCUGCCUAG